UCUGAUGCGAAGUGGAGCUGGCAUUGUCUGGCGCAUGGGCGCGGCGAAGCACACGGACUGAAUCGAGCGGUGUUGGUGUGCGGCGUCGAUUUGUGUGGUGUGGCACAUUGGCUCCGCAUCAUGUUGUAACCUCUUUGUGGCGGUCUUUGCACUUUUCGGCCGUGACUAUUGGGGCCACUUGUAGUCGUCGUGGUGGGCUGGCUUAUUUUCGUAUGUGUGGUUGAUGUUUGUCUAUGAGGACUUUGCGUCUUCUUGGGCGAUGAUUCUGUGUCCUGCGUAUGGCUUUCGUGUAUCGAUGUAGUGUUUUUACAUUGGAAAUAUGCGUAUUAAAUAGCACUUUAAUGUUUAAUUAGAUUGAUUUUCAGAAAAAAUAAUACUAAUUUAUUUUGCCUAUGCACUAAAAUCAUUUCUUUUUGAAACUAUUUCUGAUCAAUUGUGCUUUUCUUACAAACUUAAAUAGUUCUUAAAUCUUCAAUAUCAGAUUAUUAGAUAGUACUAAUUUUUUCUUCAUUUUUUUCUAUUUUUAUUCUAAUUAUUGAUGUUUAACAAAAAAUUGAUAUAUGGUAUUUUAUAUUUAUUGAAUGAGUUUCUUUUGUAGAAACCAGAACCUUCAUCUUUUGAUUGAUUUUUUCAUAUUGAAGUAGAAGGUGUUUUGGGCGAGGCAUCGUGGACUGGUGAAAGUACUUUCCUUGUCUAUCAUUAAGUUUGUAGAUUACUGUAUUAUUCUUGAGGAUUGUUUUCCCAAAAAGGUCAUAUUUUAUUGUUCGCUUUGAUAUUUUUGUCUUGAGUGGCAAGGAAGGGCUUGGGGCAUGAAUGUUUCUUAAAAAAUUUAAUAUAAGCGAGAUCGUCAUUCGUUUGGGCAAUAGGCUAUAUUCGCUAACCGUCAGUAGAUACUAUGUAGACUAAUACUCAUCUUAGUAUUUAUACUCACAAUAUUCUCACGCGAAGGGCUUUCACUACAGUAUGUCAGAAUAUCAGAUAACACGCAUUAUGAAGACGAAGGUACUAAUUGUUCACAUUUUGUAAAGAGCUAGAGAAUAUUCGACUAAAGUUCAUAGUUGAUCACAAAAGAUUCUUUUUUUUUGCUAUCUUAUACUCUCACAAAUUCAAUUGAUAUAUACACAUUGGAUCAUAGAUGUACUUGUUUCACAUGAAAAGAUAUGAAAGGGAAAAGUGGUUGAUUUUAUAAAAAUAUGUCUUUCAAGGUAUGCAGAUAAGUACAGAAGGGAUAUUAUUGCUGGAUAUACUGUUGGUAUCAAUUUAGCUUCAUGCAUUGUGUUCCGUAACGGAGGAGAACGUUCUAUAUGAUACAGAAAAAUUACUUGUUAUUUUCUAGUCCAGUCAUUUCCUUUUCUGCUUUAAUGACUGAUGAUUUUGUUCAUUUAUAUAAAAUCAAAUAAAUCAAGGACAUAAUUGUUAAAAGUAUUCUAUUAGGAUUUGUGAAUUUUUAAAUUCUAAAUAUUAAUAAACUGAUUCCGAAUACAUUUGUACAUGUUUAUAUCUAUAUAUCACAUGAUGUUACCGUUUUACUUCGUGGAGCAGAUUUAGUUUUAAUUAAUCUGAUAAUAAUAAUUAUUGCACCGCUUCUCAAUUUACUCGGAUGCUAAAUCUAGGAUAUUCUGAGAGCAAUUAAGGGAUGCGCGUUGUCAUAGUUGGAGCUGGUCUAUCGGGUCUUACUUUAGCUGUUUUUCUUCGAAGACUUAACGUGGAUUGCAUUGUUAUAGAGCAGGCUCCAUUUCUUCAUGCGAAAUAUAUUCCCCCAUUCACCUUGUACGCAAAUGCACUAAGCUGCUUUAAAGCCUUUGGUGUGGAUUUUCACUUUAAUUCGGUAGAAGUUGAACCGGAGGGACUUUUUGGCAUUAAAGAUGAAAAAGUGCGAUGGCUUGCUCGGAUAAAAAACAGGAACGUUUCCUUGCGUGUGCUUGGCACACAGGACACUAUCCCAUUCACGACAGCUUCACCUGCUAAUAGUGAAUCAAUUGUUUCGAGACGAAUAGCAGAAGAACGCAAGAUAGAAAUGGGGUUAGUACCUCUACGAAAGACGCUGCCAGCACACUUUUUACGAGAAUCACUUCGACGCAAUAUUCCUGAAAUCAAAUUUAAUACAAGGGUUGUAGAUCUUGUGCCCCACGAAGGAAUAAAGGGUGGUGUCCAUGUACUGAUGGAAGAUGGCUCGUCAGAGUGGGGUGACGUUGUGGUUGGUGCUGAUGGGAUGUGCAGUACUAUUCGGAAGUUAUUAUAUCCGAACGAGCAUAUAGGGACCAGCUCUCAGUCCUUGGGGAUACUGCAGAUCGAUGGUUUUGUAAACACACCUCAGUGUCCGUUGGGACUUGAACAUCCUGUGGAGCUAUGGGGGCACCAGCGGACCUUGACGGUGGCGCCUCUCCAUCGAUAUGGAGACAGUUGCAUUGCUUUCACUGCUUCUCUUUAUAGCACACCAAAUGAGCUAAUGCAAUUCAUGGGGAAUAUGAACGACGAGGAAGUUCAAGAAACAUCUAAAGUACUGAUGAAACACGAGUAUGCGUCUUUUUUCGAUGAGCUGGUUGUACUUCUUUCCCAAGCGAGCCUUGCAUUGCCUACUGAUGUACUAGAGGUUCCCCUAAUGCCGCGUUGGUACAAUAAGAGAGCAGUCCUUAUGGGAGAUGCCGCCCACGGUUCUUUGCCUUCUUUUUUGAAUCAAGAUGCUUCCUUGUGCGUUGAAGAUGCAGCAAUCUUGGCGACAGCCCUGCUGGAUGUGCCGUUGCCUCGAGAUAGUGGUUUUGAGUAUGCUUUUCAGCAAUACGAGUCUGUCCGACGCGACCGAGUCGAGCGUUAUAUUCGUCAAUCACGUCGUGCUCGAAAAUUCACAUUUACUCCACAUACGGUACUGCGCAACGCCACAUUACGUUUUCUGCCAUCGUACUCCAUCAAUUUAUCACAAAGAUGGCUGUCAGGUUGGUCUUACAGCGCUCAACAACUCGAAGUUGAUCCAAAGUCUGCAAUGGAGACAGCGUUUCGUUAG